AUGUCCACAGGCAGGAUGGACGUCGGCUGCUCGUGCGUCUCUGCCGCGCUGUUCCGCUCGCAGAGCCUGCGGGGCAACACGUGCGUCUCGCUCUGCUUCAAGGAGGAGGCGCAGCGGCUCGAGGUGCGCGGCGCCUCGAUCCGCCGACUCCAGCCCGACGACUUCUCGGUCGCGGUGCGGCUGCACGCGGCGAUGGCCUCGCCUGCCGGGCCAGCGGACGGGGUCGGGCCGGGCGGCGAGGUGUGCGACGCGGCCGCGUACUCGCAGUCGGACCGGCGAGGCUUCCUGCUGAGGCCGGGCUCGACGGAGGAGGCCGUGCGGGCGGCGCUCGCGGAGAGCGACCCGCCGCCGGCCGUCCUGCUGCUGCACGCGCGCGGAGAGCCGAUCGAGGCGGCGCUGGCGGGCGAGGCGGGCGCGCCGCUGCUGCGCGUCUCGCUGGGAGGUGUGGUGCUCUUCUCGUCGCACUCGAUCGUGCUGCUGCACCACUACCUCGACAAGCUGCUGCACGCGUGCGCGCUCCGCCCCCCGCGUGACCUGCUCGCCAAGGCCAAGGGGGUGCUGGGAGGGCCCAGCUACAAGGGCUCGUACAAGGGCUAG